CAACUACUUCGGCGUCAGCUGCGACCCCGCCACUGGCCGCGUCACCGAAAUCAACCUCCGCUGCGAGUCGGAGGAUCCAAUCCUCACAAAAGUCAGGCGGACCUCCGGCUACAUGACCGGGACCAUUUCCCCGCCAUCUGCAAGCUCGACCAGCUCACCACGCUCAUCGUCGCUGACUGGAAGAGCCUCUCUGGCGAGAUCCUCGACUGCGUCUCUUCGCUCUCGAACCUCCGUGUCCUGGAUCUCGUUGGCAACAGCCACUCCGGCCAGAUCCCCUCCCAAAUCGGCAACCUCGGCCGCCUCGUGGUACUCAAUCUCGCCGACAACAGAACCUCGGGGGAAAUCCCGGCCUCGGUUUCCAAAUUGGAGUGCUUGAAUCAUCUCGAACUGAACAACAACCAGAUCUACGGACGGAUCCCCACAUAUUUCAGGAAUUUGAAAAUGCUCAGCCUCGCUUGCCAGGAACCAGAUGGCCGGUCCCAUUCCCGACUCCAUUCGGUGGGACGGCGAGUUCGCGACGAUGUUCAGGUUUCUCGACGGGCUGCAACGGGUGUUCUACGACAGCAACGCGGUGAGGGAGGCGCUGGUGGAACUUUGUCGGCUGACCUUGAAGGUGGAAGCGAUCUUCAAAGGGAAGACCUUCCUAGGAAAUAUGGUGGGUGCUUCUAG